AUGGCCAGCGCACGUUCCCCCGCAGCCGUUGGCGUCCUCGCCCUCCAGGGCUCGUUCGCAGAGCACAUCGCCGCCCUCGAGUCGUGCACCACCUCGACCGGCGAGCGCGUCCCCGUCGUCGCCGUCCGCACCCCGCAAGACCUCGCGCGCUGCCGAGCGCUCGUCGUUCCCGGCGGCGAGUCGACCACCAUCUCGCUCCUGAUCCGCAAGUCGGGCCUGUACGAGCCCUUGAAGGACUUUGUCCGGCGCGCCAAGUCGGGCCAGGGCGAGCGCAGCCUGUGGGGGACGUGCGCCGGCAUGAUCCUCCUCGCGCGCGAGAUCGAGGGCCCGACGAGCGAGGGCUGGGAGGGGCUCGACGGCAUGGACGUGCGCGUCGUGCGCAACCAGUACGGUCGUCAGCUCCAGUCCUUCUCACACGGCGUCUCGCUCCCCUUUCUCUCGACGCCCGAACCCCUCCUCGCCACCUUCAUCCGCGCCCCGAUCCUGCACUCGCUCCUCCCCCCAUCCCCAUCCACCGACUCGGCGGCGCCGCCCUCCCCGCCGGUCGAGGUCCUCGCCCGCAUCCCGCGCGAGCUCGUCCCGGCGCCCAAGCGCGCCCUCGCCGCGACGGGCUUGCAGGCCGAGCUCGGACCCGAGGCCGCGGCCGUCAUGUACCGCCAGGGCGACCUGCUCGCGUGCAGCUGGCACCCGGAGCUCAACAAGGGCGACGCGAGGGUCCACGAGUGGUGGCUCCGGGAGCUGGUUCUCCACGAGCGGGACACGCCGUCGAGCGGCGAGGCGCAGGAGUAG